GAGUGACGUUGCACAAUAACAACAGCAGGCCACGAGUGCAGGCGGGCAGGGACCCGCAGGUCUGUUCGCGGCCGGGGGCCGAUGCGUUAUGGAUGCGAGCUCCGUGCCUGAUGGCGUGAUUGUCGAAACCGCAGGCGACGCGCAUAACUUGAAACGGACUGGGGUAGGGCACCAUCAGCAUGAGAGGACUAAAACAUUAUUUGAAGAGAUCCGAGCAUCAGUUGCAAAUAACUCCAAUGGAGAUAGAUCUUUCUGGAGACCUGUUCUUCCAUGGGGUGGAGUGUAUACCAUCAAAGCUGGAAAAAACGCAAUGGCCUGCACUCCAUUGUACGUGAAGAUCAGCCUAAAAAAUACUUGCACCAUUGAUGGAUUUUUGAUGUUACUAUAUGUGAUUCUCAGUGAAAAUGAGAAUUUUCGUAGAGAGUUAUCGACCUACUUGGGAAAGGAAUUUGUUGAGCAUUUUCUAUAUUUGAUGGAUUCAUAUAAAUUUACAACUGUGAAGUUGUUAUGGAUUUGGGAUAAGAUGGAAAAAUGCCAGUACAAAAGUGAAGUCCAUGAGGCCUCUUUAGAAAUUGACCUAUUUGGGAAUGAACAUGACAACUUUACAAGGAAUCUGGAGAACCUUAUGUCUACCAUACAGGAAACAUUUUGUUCUAAUGGAAGAUGUCCAGCACGUGUGCAAGAAGAUCAGCGCAAGACAAUUGUAAUCUAUCCUUCACGAGAUUCUCUCUUGGGUGAUGUACUUCAAGCAGCAGUGGAUGAAUUAUUCUGUCCCAGGACCGAGCUCUGUGAAGAACUUGGAUGUAAUGGUCAACGGGAGUUCACACAGAGAAUUUUUUGUCAUAAUGCUCCUCCAUUUGUCAUCCUAAAUAUGCAGCAAUGGAAAUCCGAGGAACUGGCAUAUGUGCCAUAUAGUUUGGCUGUGGCAGAACACAGGUACUUACUAGAAGGGGCAACACUUUUCAAUAAGGAGGAGCAUCAUUACUCGGCUGUUUUUAUGAUUGAUGACUUCUUCCCUGCAAAUCUUGGCGCUGUCAGUUACCAGCAUGGUGAAAGGUUUCACCAGGACAUUGCAGUCAUGGAGAAACAAUAUCAGAGCAACUGGAAUCCAUCAAUGCUGGCUGAUUAUUGUGGACACUUAAGAAGGCUCAGACACAGAGUACAAACGAAAAUCAUCAACAAAACAUUUUGAGCUUAGUUAACUACUGCAGAGCGUCAGCACUGUUAUGCAAUUAAACGCAUUAUAUUCAAAAGUUAAUGACUUGUCUCCAAAUUCCUAUGUGAAUCAAGUAGUCUGAAAUUAUAUCUGUGUUCAGCUUCCAGCAGUUUAUCAUAAACAAAAAACUUAUGAAGCAAUAUUUUCAAAAAAAUUGUCAUUUAGUGUAACUAAAACAACAGAUGUUGAAAGAAAUUAUAUUCUAACAUGUAAACGACAAUUCAAAUUGGGACUUAAUUUUAUUAACUACUGUUCAAUUAAUUCUGACAAUGGCAAUUUGCUAAUUAGAAAGGAUAAUAAAUUUGACAGAAAAGUCAGAUAUUAUAUCAACAAAUGUAUUGACCCAAGAAGUCAGCAGUCUUUCUCCCCCCCCCCACCCAAAAAAAAUAACUGGAUAUGAUCUUAAACCUUUAAAAUCUUCUGUUCAUAGUUAAAAUGUUGCAUCAGAUUUCUGAAAAAUGUCACAAAUGGUUAGACUACAUAAAUAUGACACAAAAAGGUGUCUCUAAGGACACAAGUUAAGUGAAUGGGAAAAAUCUGGCAAAUAGCAUGCAGUAUUGGAAAAUGGGAAGUUGAUUAUUUUUAGCAUAAAACAUAAACUUUAAAGGAUGAGAGAAUACAAAGGUACUAAGUCCAGAGGGACUUGAGUGUCCCAUGCAAUGAUUUGCCAAAGGUACAAGUAGUAAUUAAGCAAACCAAAAAACUAAUCAUUGCUGCAAUGUUUCAAUGCAAUUCUGAGUUCUUUUACACUUCUGCUUUAAAAACAAUUGCAGAAUUGCAAUAAAUAAAUAAAAGCAUAAAACAUAAAAUUUGAAGGAUGAGAGAAUACUGCAAUUCUGAGUUCUUUUACACCUCUGCUUCUCAUACAAGCAAAAGAAGCAGAGGAAGAUUGAUUCUUGAUAUGGGAAUGAAUAGUGUCCAGGGGUAGGCAGUAAUGCCAUGUUACAGUAUGAAUCAUCAUAUUGAAAGACAAAAUUAGCUCAAGGGUGCCCUACUUUAGCUAAUUUUUAUGUUCUUACUUGAGCAAAAGACCAAGUUCAAACUAAAUUUAUUAUCAAAGUACAUGUAAGUCACCAUGUACAACCCUGAGACUCAUUUUCUUACAGGUAUACUGAAUAAAUCCAUAACCAUAAUAGAAUCAAUGAAAGUCCACACUAAUAGGGCAGACAACCGGUGUGCAAAAGAUAACAUACUGCAAAUACAAAAAGAAGCAAAACAUUAAAACGUUCUUAUUGACUAUCCAUGGAAAGACAAUCUCAUGAAGGACAGAAUACAGACAGCAAAAAUCUGGAGAUUCUAUUAUGAGCCAAAGUGAAGUUAAAUUUAUUUCAACCAGGGAAAUAAGGGCAAGGAAAAAAUCCACAAAUUAGAAUUUUCAUUCUUGCUCACUUUUUAGCGGAAUGUGGAAGCUUUCAUGACAUUUAACCGACCAAUAAAAGGGCUCCUUGCCAGAAAUAAUUUGUGGUCAAUGGUCACAUACGUAUAAUCACCAACAGGGCCCAUAUAGAGUUGCCAGAAACAAUAGAGCUCAUAAUAUAAUACAUCAAGCAAAGAAAACUGUGAAACAGAGGUUUUGACUGAAUGAAUGAAAUUACUGUACAGUGCCUAUAAAAAGUAUUCGUUCCCCUUGGAAGUUUUUCUGUUUUAUUGUUUUACAACAUUCAAUCACAAUGGAUUUAAUUUGGUUUUUUUUGCCACUGAUCAACAGAAAAACUCCAUGGUCUCACUCGCUUCUGAUUCAGACCACAGGCUCCUACACCCCCAGCUCUAGAUCCAGCUCGGACUGAGAUCCUGAUCCUAUCCAGACCGGGACCGCUCUUACUGCCGCUGGGUCCUACCACUCAUCUUAUUCCUCUACUAUCCCCUAUCCUCCCCGCGACUCCCAACCCUCCCUCCACCC